CCGGCGGAUUUUCGCAAGGCUUCGCGGCGCCCCUCCGCUGCGUGGGCGCCACCGCGCAACCUGCCGUUCAGUUGCACCGCAUCUCGCGCAGGCCCCGCGUCGCUGCGCGCCGUCACGACACCACAAAUACUAUGUGCACCAGACAGAAACGAUCUAUCAAAUAGUGUUAAGUUACUGUUAUUAAGUUUAACUAAUGACUCUAGUGUUACGCAGAAUGAUGAGCUCACUCGCAUUCCACAUAUUUCUUCUAAGUCUGGUCGCUCCAGCUGUUAUUCAAUGCAUAUCAGUGAUAGGACCGCGAGUGAUCCGGCCAUACAGCGCGUAUCGCGUAGCGGUCGCAGGCGGGCCUCGGGCCCAGAGCGUCUAUGUGGCCGUGGAAGGCCGUAAGGCCAAUGGAGAGCCCUACUCACAGGGGCGAGAGGUCCAGGUCCAGGCGGCAUCCUCUAGGGUCGUGGAUCUUGAGAUAGACGACCCAGGACCCGGUAACUACGAGCUGAUAGCGCAGUCCAGAUCUGGCGCUCAGUUUUCAUCGUCAGCACGCCUAGUGUACCAGCCCAGGAGCUUCUGUGUCUUCGUGCAGACCGACAAGAAGGUCUACCAGCCAGGCGACACCAUCAAGUUCAGGGUCGUCGCUCUUGAUAAGUACCUGCUGCCUUUGUCUAUGCCGAUAGACGUGAGCGUGAUGGACGCUGGAGGCUCUCCUGUGAGACAAUGGGGGGCUGUCUCCCUGGACCGAGGGAUCCUCUCCGACGAGUUGGUACUGGCUGACGAGCCAGCACUCGGGGAAUGGACUAUACAGGUGGAGGUCCGUAACCAAGUGUACUCGCGGCAAAUACUGGUGGCCGACUACGUGUUACCCAAAUUCCAGAUGGACAUGCAACUGCCUAAAGAGGUGUUGUUCAGCGCCGGUCGGUUCACCAUCAACGUCACCGCUAACCACUUCACCGGUUUACCGGUACAAGGAGAACUGACCCUAUCCGCGUAUGCAGUAUUCUUCUCCGACAUUCUCCAGCCAGUAUUCUCGAAUCCCGCGCGGAUCGUUGACUUCAACGGUAACACUGAAGUGACCUACGACUUAAAAACUGACCUAGACCUUGCAGAAGACGCGGCAAGGCCGUUGGUAGUUGAGGCAGUUUUGGAGGAAAAAGAUACGUUGAUAAAACAAAAUGUCUCUUCAAGAAUUCUUCUACUGAGGACGCCUUAUAGACUGAAAGUUACUGCUCCUGAGUACUUCAGACCAAUGUUACCAUACACUGUCCAGAUCGAAGUGGUAGAUCCAUCGGGACAAAUAAUAGAUGUGGACGAUGACGUCACGGUCGAACGCUUGUGGGAUGAUGGAGCGCCGGUCAACGUGACGACAGUUCCAUUGAAGAAAGGCUUAGCCACCUACACUUUGACGCCUGAUAAAUCGUAUGCUGCUCUCACUCUUAACUUAGUGAUAAAAUACAAAGAGGUUACAGAACGAGUGAUCAAUGUGAUAAAAUCUGCUGGCCCUAAAGGGCAAUACCUGACGGUGCAACUUCUGACUCGGGAUACCUUCGUAGGAGGCGAGAUGCGAGCGCGUAUUUCUUCCACCGAACGCAUGGAUCUGCUACACUACGCUGUUAUAGGGCGUGGGGAUAUCCUUCUCGCCAAAACUAUAGAGUUGAGCCCUGCUCGCACAAGUGUAGACGUCUCCAUACCGGUGCAAGCGCGGAUGGCCCCUGGCUGCGUACUGCUGGCCUGGUAUCCGCUUUUGGACUCCACCCAAGACAUCUUACUGGCGUCAGCGAUAUAUGCCCCGCAGAAAAAUCUGCUGCAGCACAAAGUAUAUCUAUCAGUAGGCGGAGGCUACCGACCAGGUGGCGGGGUAGAAAUGAGCGUGGUUGGCGAGCCUGGCGCUCACGCUGCCGUGCUAGCGGAGGACUCGAAGGCGGCCCUCGCGGGACUCUCCGGGGAGGAUGGGCUCGGCAGCGGGCUUGACAUGCACACGAUCGAACGAGAAGUAGAAAGCUUCAGUGGCUUGAAACAUUCAAUAUUCAAGAAUCAUGACCAUUUGCCAGGCAUGGGAGUUGACCUGGGGGGCAACGCUACAUUUGACGUGUUCACGAAUGCAGGUGUAGUAAUCUUAACAGAUGGAUUUGUAAUGAGGAGUGAUCCUAGAGGUAAACCACCGCCGCUAAGUCUCCCAGAGACAGGCACCCGGCCUCCGCUAGCGGGACCUUACGCCUUCAGUCGCCUGCCUACUCCACCAACACCGCGCUAUUACCUCAAACUCGCCCCUCAGCCUACAUGGACGGUUGCCAACUUUUCAAUCGGCAAUGACGGCAGGGGCUCUGAGAACCGAGUGUCUCCAACAACCAGUGGUAACUGGCUGGUAGGAGCGUUCGCGGUACACCCUGAGCUCGGUCUUGGCCUCGCUCCACCCCAGAAGUUCACCACCAGCAUACCCUUAACCAUAACAGCAGAGCUGCCGGCCAGCCUGCAGCGAGGGGAAGCUUUAGCGGCUGUUAUCACGCUGAAAAGCACGCUGACUAUUGAUACAAGCGUUGAAGUUACUUUCCACAAUUCAGAGCAGUACUUUGAGUUUGAACCGCUGGAGAAUAACAUUGAUUCCACUAAAAAGAUCGAGACGUACCGCCGCCUCCGAGUGUCGGUCCCAGCAGGAGGAUCUGUCAGCACAGCGUUCCUCGUGAGCGCUACGCGGUUGGGAGAAGCGCCUAUCAUAGUUGAAGCCACGGGUGAUGGAGUCUCAGCUUCGCUCUUCAGGACUAUUGACGUCAAGGACGGUUACGAAGAAGAGAUUUGGUCCUGGGGUCUGCUAGACGGGCGGCGAGGCGUGGCGCGUGCAAACGUCACAAUGGAUCCCCCGCCGGGUACGCGAGCAGGCCCAGUGUCGCUGCUGGCGGCUGGCGACCUGCUGGCCGCGGCGCUGCCUAGAGCACGCGCGGCACCCGCUCCUGCUGCUGACCCAGUGCACGCCUUGCGCCCGAUGGCAGUGGCUUGCGUGCUGCUUGACUACUUGCAGGCGAUUGGCGAAGACGACUCAGCAGUGACGAGCGAGGCUCGUGCCCACGCCGCCGCCGGCUACCAGCGGCUCAUGGCUUACCGCCGGCCGGAUGGCUCCUUCGCUCCCGACACCAAUGAUGAGUCUACAGGAGACGUAUGGAUGACAGCUGUGGCGGCACGUUGGCUGGUCCGUUGCGCGCGCCACGUAGCUGUGGGCCCGGCGGCCGCAACGGGAGCUAUUCGCUGGCUAGCCGAUGCGCAGGGCCCUAGCGGCAGUUUCCGCGCUCCCGAACAGCGUCUCAACCAACAUGCCCAGGAAGCUUUGCCAACUGCUGCUUAUGCGUUGCUGGCAUUCAUGCAGGCGCAGGGCAACGACAUAUUCCUAAGGCGCGCCGUCCAACAGACUUCUGACUACGUGGCAGGAUCGCUGUCUCCAGACCAAGACGCGUAUUCCCUGGCGGUUUCGGCCGGAGCCCUCGCCGCGGCAAGACAUCCGCAGGCCGCUACGGCGCUGGAGAUGAUGGAUCGAUACGCCAACGCUUCUGGCACAACUAAGUUCUGGUCUCGCAAGAUGAUCGGCAACGAAUGGCGUAACCCAUGGCUGAAGGGCAACAGCUUGGAAGCCUCGACAGCGGCCUGGGGUCUCCGCGCCAUGCUUUCGGAGAGAUUGGUAGACGAAGCGGUACCCGUAGCCAGAUACCUUAUGCAGGCUCAGAGCGACUUGGAUCCUGAUGUGCUGGAUGCUCUAGCAAUGUUUGCUAAGGAAAUCAGAUCUCCGAACAAACUUCGGCUGUCGGUGAAUGUGACUGGAUCUGAAGAAGCAAGACAGUUCAACAUUGACGACGAAAAUGCGCUCGUCAUACAGACACAACUGGUCCGUGCAGCUCGUUCAGCUAGUGCAGUUACCGAAGGUCGCGGCAUUGCCAUCGUGGGACUCUCGACUAAAGGCAGCACCAACGUCACUGCAGCCUGGCCAAGGUUCAAUCUAGACCCCAGAGUGGACCAGGUGUCUACUAAGGACCGCUUGCAGCUAUCUAUCUGUAUAGGGUUCGUCGCACUAGGUAACGAAACCGAGAGCGGGCUUACUCUGCUAACCGUGCGGCUACCCUCUGGGUACCUCGCCGACAUCCACACUCUAACCGAACUGACGGCUGCAUCGCACGUGACAACAGCGCGACUGUCAGAAGGCGGUGCAGUGGUGCUGGCGUGGGUGCGUGCUGGCCGCUCUGAGCGCUGCGCCACGCUCGUCGCGCCUCGCGCCAUCGCCGUGGCGCGCCAGCGGCCUGGAGUAGCUACGCUCAAGGACCUUUACGACUCUAGUCACCGGGCGCGCGUGUUCUUCCAACCAAUAACGACGCACGCUUGCGACGUUUGCCGCGCAUGGGCGUCGUGUUCAAGCGCGUGCGGCUCCGUGUCAGCGCAGCGCGCGGACACCGGCGACGUUGCCAGACCGCGCAGUGCCCCAGACGCAGCAGCGACGCACGUACUGGCACCCGUUGUAUUGGCGUUCGCGGCGCUGCUAUUAACACUUCUAUGAGGACUGUUGAAUAAAUCCUUUGACUAACAAGACUCACCACAGUGACGAGAGGGCGAGGGACGUAAAGUAAGCUGUAGUAACUGCUAUGAGUUAUGCUCUGAUACGGCUCCUUAUCGGCGCAGCAUGACGUCCCGGCGGUACUCAAAAGUCGAUCUUCUAUUAUAGAUGAAGUUAAUAAUCGUGUACAGCAUUUGUUUUUAGACGAAUUUAGCCGCAGGGACCUUAUCAUAAAUAGAUUAUUUACUUUGCCAAACAGCACCAGUUUCAAAUGUCCCAGUGAAUCCUGUAGUCGGACGAAAUAUGUAUACAUACUUUUGUCGUUAAGCAUAGGUAUGAUAGUAUCGUAAGGUAUACAACUAUGUAUGUAUAGUUUCUUUCUCAUAGACUUCUAAUCGACUAAUGUGAUAUAACGUAGUUAAGGGUAAAUCACAGGUUUUACCAAAAGCUGUAUAGAUUUUGACUAAUAAUUAAGUUUAAAUUAUAAGAUAGUAUAUUUAACUGUAAAUAAUUUAUUAAUGUAUUAAAUACAAUAAGAAUAUGACUGUAAUACUGGCAACAUUUAGCAGUAUUUGCGCUAUUGUAAAGUAUACCUACGAAGUCAUAUAUUGAUGAAAAUCGCCGAAUAGUUACAGUAUAAAAUUGAUUAGGUACAUAAAACAUGAUCAUUUGGAAAACAUCGAAAUUAAAAGAAAUCAAAAAAGUCUGGCCUUUUACUCUACAAAAUUCCCUCCAAAAUUAAAUUAUUUUGGGUUACAUUUUCAACAAACUUGAAUUAAGUGUGAUUUCCCAACCAUCAGCAAUGUA